AUGUCUACUUUAGCGACAUCUGCCAUCGAUGCUGGGCAUCUUUCUUCAUAUAACGGAAAUGUUUCAGAGAGUUCUCGAAGACUAACUUUACAAGAUUUAUUACAAACUGAACCAGGACAAAGAUCUGAAAGUCGUUAUGCUUCGCCAGUUGGUUGUAGUAGAACACCUUCUCCUACUGAACCUACAAGUUCUACAAUGAUGCACUAUAAUAAUUGUCAUACAAGUCCCCCGUUGGGAUCUCAUCAUAUUAAUAGAUACACUCCUCCUCAACUUCCUCCAAUUUCACAACAACAACAAUGUUUGAGAGUUUCUCCUUUAUAUAAACCUCCAAAUCCUGUUGUAAAUUCGGCUAUAAAUUCUGCUAUGGAUGUCGAUUCUUAUAAAAUUACAUUACCUACUCCUUUAACAUCUCCUAAUCCAGGUCCAACAAUGCCAAGAGUAGUUCAAUCACUUCAUGGUUAUCCAUCAACUCCUUCUUCACCUACACCGAUUACACCACUUCAAUUAGAUGAUCAAAAUUCUUAUAUGAAAACUUUAUCAACAUCUGGUACUACUCCACUUUCGCUUUGUGAACGUCGCGAAAGGAAUAAAGUUGCAUCUGCUAAAUAUCGCGCAAAAAAACAUAAACAAAAUCAAGAAAUGAGUUCACAAAUUAAUGAAUUAAUUGCUGAAAAUAAUGUAUUAACAAGACAAUUAGAAGAAAUAAGAUCUGAAAAUAAUGAAUUAAAAGAAUUAGUUGAUAAACUUAAAAGUAAAUUAGUUGAAGGAAAAAUAUUAAAAAGAUUAGGACGUGGUGGAGCGAAAUUAGCCGCUGCAGCUGCAGUAACUAAUAAUAUUGGAACUACUGAUGGUCUUACAUCUAUUACUAAUGUAAAAAAGGCAUUUAAAAUACAUUUAUAG